AUGGAUAACGCUGGAGAAGCAUUGAGCAGCCGCCGAAAGAGGCAAAGACUAAUCUUCAUGGAUAAUACUGAUGAUGACAUGAUACAUACUGGGACACUACUCGAGCUUGAUCUUUUGGAUUGUCCGAUUUGCUGCCACCCACUGACCAGUCCUAUCUUUCAGUGUGUAAAUGGGCAUUUAGUGUGCUCGUCUUGUCAUCCCAAGCUAAGGAAUAAAUGCCCUUCAUGCUCUUUGACCAUUGGUAACAAUCGGUCUAGAAUAGCGGAGAGACUUCUGGAGGCAGUCCUUGUCCCAUGCCGAAACGCCAAGCAUGGUUGCCCCGAGAGAUACCCUCAUGGGAAAGAGUUAGCCGACCAUGAGAAGAUUUGUGACCUUUAUGUGUGCUAUUGUCCAGCAAAAAACUGCAACCACUCCGCUUUCCAACUAGAUCUCUACUGUCAUUACACUGCUUGCCACAAGGCUAGUUGCUCAAGGUACAAGACUGGCCAGUACGCUGACGCAUGGUUAAACAUCGAGGAGAAGGUUUUAGUCCUUCAGGAAUGUGAUAAUGAAGAAUUGCUUGUUCUUCAAUGUUUCAAGGGAGCACAUGGAUUGUAUGUGGCUGUCAAUUUAAUGACAUAUUCCGUUCCAGAUGUUUGGGAAUUGGGCUAUGAUCUUAUCUACCGGUGGGGAAAUGAAGAGUUUACGUAUGAAACCGACGAGAUGACUAAGAUUCAAAGGAUAAACGCUCGGUAG